GGUCGUUAUAAACAGUGCUGAAUGGUGUGUGUGGAAAGAGGAAGCACAUGCUGUCUUCUUAGAGCUGUACUUUUCAAAUCUGUUGCAUUUGCAUUAAUAAAAGAAAGCUUGUUUCAGAAACUGAAAGCAUACAGCUAGGCAUUAAUGCAUCGAUGCAAUGCAUGAAAUUUAGACAAUGCAAUUAGACAUUAGUAUGAUGUGGCAUGCAGGUAAUCCGUUCUUUUCAUGGUUUGAGCUGCUGUUGUCCCCGGAUUGAACUGUCAUGGCUGCCGCGCGCUGUUGACUGAUUCUGGUUGGACAGGAGGCGGAAAAGCGCUGGCUCAGUAUGAAUGGGGUCAGUGCCAACCCUGAUGCUCAGGUUGGGAAUGAAACGAGGGACACUUGGCAUAAACGCCUACGUCUCAGGAAGACCUCUUUUUCGUUCCCUGUGAAACAGGAGAGGAAUGUUACGGCAUGUGGAUGGAAACUAACAGAGAAGUCCAAAAAAUGGCCUCGACGUCUGGAGGCGGCAAACACCUUCACCUGCUCCACGUGCAACGAUGGCAUCUCCUUCAGACCCCGCGAAUUAACAAUGCAUUAUAAGAUCGCCCAUGGAGGCGAAGGAAGCCCGCCGGUGUUUCCAUGCAACAUGUGCAAUUUCUCCUCGCCAGUGUUCACUACGCUUCAGCAGCACCGAAUGCAACACGAGGAUUGUUUGUUCGCUUGUGAGAUUUGUGAUGACGGCGUCCAGCGAACGCUUCCCCAACUGACCAAACAUUGUCAAACCCAGCAUGCUCUAAACGGUCAAUACCACUGUCCGAAGUGCAAACUGUCCGUCUUUGAGAUUAAGCAGUUUGUGUGUCACUCGUGUUGCAUGACUAAUGGCGAUGCACAGAAAGACGAUCUCUUAAAGCACGUGACUGCUGCAAGCCGUCAAAGGUGGAGCCGCAGGAAUUGGUGGAGAAAGCGGCCACACGUCAAGCAAGACAUGUCCCAAGAGUUCAAGUUAUUACGUCCAAAACCAGAAGCGCAAUGGACGUCCCAAUUGCUCCCGUUCUCCACACCCGGUCUACUGGACGACCACGGCGUCUUCGUGGAUCCAGAGAAGACCUUAGAGGAAACGCAGCAGUUUCUCGAGAGGAACAUUUGUGGUGCUAAAAACUGGCCUGUGUGUCUUAAAAGCGAGGAAGCGGCAACAACACCCCAUCCAUCAAAAACGAAUGCGAAGCGAUGCGUCACUGGGAAACAUAAGCUAAGUGGACUCAUGGAGAAAAACAAUAUAUCCAUUCCCCCAGACUGCACUACAAAGGUAAUCGGAGUCAAGAUGUUGGACGGCAAAAAGCAUUUAGUUCUCAAAGUCAUUCCUUCAAACAACCGAGACGCUUCGAAGGAUACUCGCACUGUGAAACCUGCCGAUCAGCGAGACGAAUCCAAAGAUAUUUCAAUCGCUAAUGCCUCAGGAAACCGUUCUCAGGUGACUUUUAUAAAGCCUUCGUCCCAAAGACAGUGUGUAGCACAGCGGGACUUUUUGUCUUCGGUGUUUGAGAGGAUUAAAAGCCAACAAACAGAUGGAUGCAACAAUCAGGAACAUGCACAUAUUCAAAGUCCCCGUGCAAAAACAGCGGAAGACUGUCAAGACACAUGCCAAGGAGAUUCAGGAUGCCAUAGUGAUCUGACCUCGGAUGCAAGUUCUUUGGAAGAAAGAUGUAGGUGUUCACGACUCCUUCCGACGGUGUUUGAUGAAGAACACAAUCUUGCACUGGAUUCAAACUGCAUUAACCAUCAACCAAACACAUGCUCCAUCUCUGGGUUGGAUUGCGUGAGUCCGUCCUCUAGAUCUCCCUUGAAGGAUGGGACUGAGUCUUUGUGUCAAAGUGAAGCAGGGGGCCUGUUAUUCCAUGGCAAUGCUGACGAAUGCACAAACAACAUGGACCCCAGAGAUUCUCUGGUCCCAGUAGAAAGCCUCGCUGCUCCAGACCCGCUUCAUAUGGUGGGUGAGCUGCCUUUAACAACAGCCAUCCAUUUGCUGGAUGAGAUGAGAGAGGACUGUACGUUAUCGCCUAACGUCGGCUCUGAUGAACAUCUGAAAGAUUUAACACACGCCGGAGAUACAAGCCAGCGAUCUGAUCCGGUCUCUCUCCCGCCUGAUGUUUCAAACUCUUCCACAUCUGCAUCAGUUUCUGGAUCCAGCUCGUCAGUCGUCCCUCUCGCAUCGCUCAACAGAAAGCGCAUGGUGGAAACGUCCUCUGCUGACCCUCCCAUCAGUAAAUCCCAGAAGCGAUCGGAAGACUCUGUCCUCUUCUGGGAGCCGGUGUCUCGAGACGCUUCGGUGACUCUUCGACUGAUUCCCUACAGCGCUUCGCAAUCCGUUAAAAUCCCUCGCGACGACCAGCCCGUCAUAGUCCUCAACCAUCCCCACACUGAUAUCCCCGAAGUCACAAACAUCAUGAAAGUGGUUCACAAGCACAAAGGAAAUGUGCAACGUGUCGUACUUUCUCGUAAAACUCUCGGAGCUCUUUCCGAGUUCAACUGCGAAUCCUUUCGCCGUAAUUUCGUCGCUGAUUGCCACGCAUCCCACCGCGGGAGAGAAUGGCCAAACGGGACGGUUAAAGAACGGUUCGGCUUGAAACUGAGGCUGAGAAGAGUGUGUGGAAGAAAGUACACCGUAGUACCGACGGUGUCGGAAAGCAUCGUUCUUCAGCCGACGUUUAGAUGCUGGUUCUGCGGGCGGCUUUUCACAAACCAGGAAGCUUGGGUGGGACACGGACAGAGACAUCUAAUGGAAGCAACCAGAGGCUGGAACCAGCUCUUCAACAGAUAGAAAUGCAUUCAUCUUUAUUUUUAAGAAGGGUUUCUGUGUGCAUCUCAGGGUGAGAAAUACACAGUCGUGGUCCGAAUAUAUUUCGUUCUUUACAGUAAUAAACCCUUGUCGGUGACUGACUCUUUCAAGUUGACACGAGCAAGCAUUAUUUAUUUCGCUCCACGAUGUGAAAACAUGCAGUGCAUUAUCUAAUAAACUAAAAAUCACUGUUUUGAGACAGUGUUUGUUUAUCUCAGGUGAUAUUCCACUCAACAUCAGUUUGUCUUAAUACUUUAUGUAAUUUUGCAUUAUUUUAUUGCUUUAUUUUGGUGUGUGUCAUUUAACCAUUAUUAUACUUUGUUGCUUUGUUACUAAUCAUCUCCUAUGAGGCUUUGUGAUUGAAAUGUUUACAGAAAUUGUUGAUUGUCUUUGUAGUAGGCUACACAUCUGGUGUAGCGUCCUCUGUUCAUCACAUUACCAGUAUAUUUAUCAUUAUAUUUAUCAUUAGUUUAAACUACUCUUGUAUGCAAGAGCAUAUGUUGACGCAGCAUUGCUGAAAUUAUGUUUUGUAUUUAUGCAAAUUGUCUGUAUUUAUUUUUUCAGCGUGCUGUUAAGUCACAUGGGUUUGAUUAAGGGUUAAACCUUACAUUUAUCUGAGUGUAUUAUAAAAAAAAAAUGUUGCAACGGUGAUGUUUUGGUCGUUAAAUAUUUUUAUUCCCAUUUAUAAAGCCAAAGGUUUUUUUCUUGAUCAGAAGAAUAAUUUCUUGAGUUUAUCUUCACCAGGUAAAAACGAGACUUGAAUAGUGGUGUGGAUUUCUGUAGAUAUUUGAAGAUGUCUGUGAUCCACUUCACUUGAAACCAAAGUAAACGUGUCUCUCUUAUGUUUGUGUUGAAGUUAAACACUGUGAAUGAAACCUUGCAUUGCUGUAUUGAAGAAGUGCCUCUAUGCAAAAACCCUUUAGCGUUAACAAUAAAUAAAGAAAUCAUUAUUUAGA